AUGACUCAUUCUUUGAGCAAGGAGCUUUGCAAUACAUUUAUAUAUGCUAACAAGUCAGGCGAGGGCAAGAAGAAGAAAAACCAAAGAAAUGGUAAAAUUGGGAUUAAUAAGCACAAUGAUUAUACCCCUAAUGCUAGUGCUCUUAGGAAAACUUGCAACAAAUGUGGUAGUGCUAAUCAUUUAUCUGCUAACUGUAAAUAUGUGAUUAAUUUCAAUUCAUAUAUGCCUUUACCCAUGCCAUCUGUUCAAAAUAUGCACAUGAAUUCCAUGAAUAUGAUGCCUGGCUUGAUGUCUCAUAUUCAAUUCUCUCCUCCCAACAUGCCAUAUAUGUUUCAUCCAUUCAUGAAUCCUUUUAAUAUGUCUCCAUUUUAUCCAAGCAUGCCAAAUGUGAACAAUGGAUCCAAAAAGAAAAAUUUAUGGUAUUUGGAUAGUGAAUGCUCAAGGCAUAUGACUGGAGAUCCAACCCUGCUCACAAAGUAUGUGGAGAAAGCUGGCCCAAGCAUAACUUUUGGAGAUGACAUCAAAGGUUACACUUUGGGAUAUGGAUUAAUUCCAAAUAAAGAUGUCAUCAUAGAAGAUGUCUCAUUAGUUGAUGGAUUAAAACACAAUCUUCUGAGUGUGAGUCAACUAUGUGACAAAGGACUUCAAGUUUGGUUUCCAAAUGCAGCCUGUGUUGUCUCAAACAAAAAGGACAACAAUGUGGUUUUAAAUGGAGUAAGAAAAGGGAAUGUUUACAUAGCUGACUUCAACUCUGCAAGAUCAAAAUCCCUCACUUGCUUAUUUAGUAAGGCAAGUUCAGAUGAAAGUUGGCUAUGGAACAAAAGAUUGUCUCACUUGAAUUUCAAGACAAUGAAUGACUUGAUCAGGAAGGACUUGGUUAGAGGAAUUCCAAAACUGGAAUUUAACAAGGAUGGUCUGUGUGGUGCUUGCUAG